CAAUUUGACAGUUCAAGUAAAAUGUUAUAAUUUUCAGUCGAAAUUCUAUCUUCCUCCCAAAGAAAAACAAAAAUGAGCCAGACAGCAGAAAAUCCACCAGUUAAAACUCCAAAAACCACUCCCGAACGAUCUAGUGAAAAGUCCAUAAAUAAUAACAUUAAAGAAAAACUAAAUUUACACGUCAAAAGGAGACUACAAGAAUCCGGAGCAGACCUUUCGUUGCUAAACAACAACAACAUAAAUACCACCAAAAAUAACAACAACAACAACGAGGUAAAGGUUCGUAAACAAUAUACGAAACGAAUUGAGAAAGCAAAUAACCCAACCAUCGUGCGUCGAGCGAAACGAACAAAAUUGAAACUAGCAACUGGAAGUGGAACGGGAACCGGAACAGCCACAACAACAAGUACAGUGAGUCAAAGAGAUUCGGAGAGUUUAGGUUCAGUGGCGUCAACUUCAACAACCACAGCCAGUGCUGGUGACGAUGAAGGCAGCCGUGAUGGUAAUUCACAAAAUCCCGAUAUUCCACAUUCGCCAAGGGAAAAAGAAAAAUGUCCAGAUUUGUUGAAUGUCGUCCUGAAUGUCAAAAAGAGAGCACUCUUUCAGAAUCCGGAGGUUAUUAAGUUCUUACACAAUAUGAUGGAUGUCUUGAGACAGUAAUUUUAUGUGUAUUAUAAAUUUAUUUAUUAUAAUUUUGAGCGGACAAAACACAAUUAAAUGUAAAUUUUUCAAAUAAAAAGAUUUUAUCUUAAAAGUCA